AUUUUAUUGAAGUAUUGCAAGAUGGCUCCGGCAAUCCAAUUCGAGCUUUCGCAACCACCCACGGACGCGGUAUCCUCCCUCAAGUUCGCGCCCGAAUCUCCCACACUAUUGCUGGUUUCUUCUUGGGAUAAGCAUGUCUACUUGUAUGAUACACAAGAUCAAGAAGCUGGCGGCAAGCUGAUCGAGAAGUAUGAGCACCGAGCACCAGUCCUCGAUGUUUGCUUCGGAACCGACGAUAAUGAAGCUUUCACAGCUGGAAUGGACUGGCAAGUGAAGAGAAUAAAUCUUAAGACGGGUGACCAGACAGUACUGAGCACACACGGAGCACCGGUCAAGUCAGUAGUCUACAGCAAAGAGCAUUCGCUACUCAUCUCAGCAUCGUGGGAUUCCACUCUCCACUUCCACGACCUCAAAGACCUUUCGAGGGGGCCAACUAUGAUUACCCUACCCGCGAAACCACACUCACUCUCAAUCACAGCCUCCAAACUCGUCGUGGCCAUGUCCUCUCGUCUUGUCUACAUCUACCAACUACAAGCUACUGCCAUGUUAGCCUCGCAAGCAAACGGAGCAACCGCUGAACUCAAGCCGUGGCAACAACGAGAAUCAUCACUGAAGUUCAUGACAAGAGCUGUGGCUUGUAUGCCGAACGACGAUGGGUACGCUACGAGUAGUAUUGAGGGACGAGUGGCCGUUGAGUGGUUCGAUCCUUCUACAGAAUCACAGGCGCGGAAAUACGCUUUCAAGUGCCACCGACAGCCAGAUCCUGAGGGCGAUGGAUCCGAUAUUGUCUAUCCUGUCAAUGCCUUGGCCUUCCAUCCUAUCCAUGGAACGUUUGCUUCCGGUGGAGGAGACGGUGUAGUUGCGUUGUGGGAUGCUGUUGCCAAGAGGAGAAUCCGGCAGUAUCAGAAAUACCCAACCAGUGUUGCGGCCGUAGCAUUUUCAAGCGAUGGAACGUACCUAGCUAUUGGUGUUUGCCCUGGAUUUGAGAACGGUCAAGAGGAUUACACCGGUGAGGGAGCGACCCAUGUUUAUAUCAGGGAGCUUGGUGAGACGGAGGCCAAGGGAAAAGGGGCAAAAUGAUUGUACGAAACGGUUGGUCAGUUGCUCUACUUAGCACGGCGUUACGGGGUAAGAAAAUGAAAUCAAACUUCUCAAAACAGCAAUGAAAGCACUCACACGCAG